AUGCUUACAACUUUGCCUCGUAAAAAACAACCUGUAAUGAACCUGCAAACAAGGCCUCGGAACGAUAAUAGGAUUUUACGGUACAGACCAAUGCAUUCACUCACGGAUAUUGAUUUGAAAAUUUCGACAUGGAAUAUUUUGACAAUGUUGCAGCCUGGUAAAAUGGCUGAAAUAGCUGCACAACUACUAAAGUACAAAAUAAAUGUAGCUGGACUACAAGAAAUAAGAUUCUCCGGGCAAGGAGAAAUAAAGAAAAAAGAUUUCUCUUUAUUCUAUAGUGGAGCAAAGAGGCCCGGUCAGUUUGGUACUGGCUUUUUCAUAGACAAAAACACAAGAAACUCUAUACUAGAAUUUGAAGCAGUAAAUGAUAGAAUAUGUUACAUGCGUCUAAAGGGAAAAUUUCAAAAUAUGUCCUUUAUGGUAGUGCACGCUCCCACUGAAGAUGCUGAAGAACAAAUAAAGGAUGAUUUUUACGACACACUGGGGAAUUUCUGUAACAGAAUCAGUCGUCAUGACAUUAUCAUUCUUUUAGGUGAUUUUAACGCCAAGAUAGGCCAAGAAAGCUUCACCUCCGAUGUGUGUGGAAGGUACUCCCUACACGAUGCCACAAAUGAAAAUGGUAUGAGAAUUUGUAAUUUCGCAGCAAGCAUGGGUUUGUGGAUCAGCAGUGUAUCUUUUCCCCACAAAAAUAUUCACAAGCAAACAUGGAAAAUUCCCGGAUCUACAAAUGCAAACCAAAUUGAUCAUGUAUUAAUUGACAAACGACACGCAACAUCAAUAAUUGACGUAAGAUCAUUUAGAGGUGCAAAUUGUGAUUCUGAUCACUUUUUGGUCGUUGCCAAACUGAGACAGAGAAUUUCAAAAGUAAUAAACAAGAACGCUUUUAGAAGAACCAUCUGGGACACUGAAAAAAUAGUAGAAAACUUAGAACUAAGAGCGAGCUAUCAGAGCUCUAUGGCAACAAAACUGAACAGCUGGCAAUACAGUGAUGAUGAACCUGUCUCCGAAAACUGGUCGAAACUAAAAAAUGCCGUAACUGAAACCGCAGAACGAAUAAUAGGCAAAAAAAUUACAAGUAAUAACGAUUGGUAUGACCAAGAAUGUGCAAUAGUCAAUGAAAUCAAGAACCAAGCGCGUACUAAAUACCUUGAAAGGCCUACCCGAAGUAAUCUCUUACGCUAUCAUGAAAAAAGAAAAAAUGCUAAGCAAAUUCUAAAGCGUAAAAAAAAAAACGAAAUUGAGACAGCAAAUAGAACAAAUUGA